AUGCAGCAAGCGCCACUAUCUCCAGACGUCGACAUACACAGCAUGCGCAAACUCACGCAUGGCUGUGAUGACCGCACAUGGACCAACAGGAUGCUGCUUCACCUCGCCGACGCCGUCACGUAUUGCCACGCCGAGGAGCGUAGCACGGCAACGUACGACCGUCUGACAAGCUACUCGGCCACGUGGAUGGAGUCGAGGCCGCCAUCGUUCAAUCCGGUGUAUGUAAGGACAUUGUUGGGGACAAUGUUUCCGCAAAUAUGGCUCUUGAACGACGUCGUCGUCGCUGGGCUUCAGUACUAUCACCUUGUCAAGAUUCUUCUCCUUUCGCACAACCCGCGGGUGCCACUGCUGGGCGCGGCGCAGAGGACGGCCAAGGAGCGCGGCGAUGCGCUCAUCAGAGAGGAUGUCCGAACUAUCUGCGGAAUUGCCGAGUCAAUGGACGGCGUUCACCCUGCUCAUCUAGUCGCGUGUAUGGCGAUAUCUCUGGUCGGGGAUCGAUUCACAGAGAGAGACGAACAAACUGCGCUCCUGCGUCUAUUGACAAAGACCAGGGAUACGUUCGGGUGGUCCGCUUCAUUUGCUAUUCGCUACCUUCAAGAAUCCUGGAGCUGGGCAUAACGUAAAUACUAC